UAAAAUGUGUUUUUUUUUGCAUUAAUAGAUUGGUAUACAAUUACCACACAAUAAUUUUUUUUUUGUGGUGGUGCAUGAACAGGUUGGUUCCAAAUACACAGACUCAAGACAAGAUAAUGACAGAGUUGGAUGCGUUUAAGAACGCUAGUGGUAUCUUCGGCCAUCCCAUGGCCAUCAGGCAAAGAGAUAUCAAAACACCAGGUAACACACACUUACUUGAAUUAAUUUUUGAUAAUUGAUCUAAAUAAAUACUAACAAGUAACAAUAUUUUUAUUUUAAUAGCCGAAUGGUGGUCUUGUUAUGGAUCUUCUGCUCCAAAUCUCAGAGACUUUGCUGUUAAGAUCCUUAGUCUUACUUGUAGUGCUACUGGCUGUGAAAGAAAUUGGAGUGUUUUCCAACUUGCAAGUCAUUUAAAUCCCUUUUUAUUUAUAUUUUUAGGUGAUUUCGUUUCACUUAUAAUUUUUAAACUUCAUUUGUAACAGCUUCAUACGAAGAAGAGAAAUCGACUAGCACAACAUCGGCUGAACAACAUGGUUUUUGUGAAGUUUAACCGAGCUCUAAAACGCAGAAGCAUGAGAACUGAUAGUGCCACAGAUCCUAUUCUUUUGCAUGAAAUUGAUGAAAGCAGUGAGUGGUUGCUGGGAAGAAUGGAUGGAGAUUCCUCUGAUGAUGAUGAUUUGGUGUGGGAAGAUGAUGAUUUGCCAUGGACUGUUGUGAGCCAAGCUAUGGGUGCUGAAGAACCCAACUAUUCGACUAGAGGAGCAAAAGUUACAAGCUCAUCUAAAACAGAUAAAGGAAAAGGUGUUGCUAGCUCAAAUCAGAAGAAAAGCAAAGGACCAUCUACAUCUGCUAUGACAUUGAUUGAUGAGGAGGAUGAAUUGGAAGAAGACUUAGAUGAAGAUGAUCUUGGGUAUGAGGAUGUUGACUUUGAUGAUGAAGAUGGGGAUGAUGGCGUUUCCGAAGAUGAUUUUUAGAUAUUGCUUAAGUUAUUUAUUAUGGUUUUCUACAUUUGAAGCUUUUUUUUUGGGUUUUGGUUUUGGUUUUGACUUUUGAAUAAUUUUGUUUUGAGUUUUC